UGCCCUCCUUGGAAAAUUUUGGUCCGUACUCCUUUCUUUUUUCUGGGUAGUCAUCAGAAAAUACAAAAAAGGGUUUAAAGCACAAAGAGAGAAAACUCUUUCUCUCUCUCUCUUUCUGGAACUCUCACUGGUCAAUUUGCAGAUUACAAUAGUGAUGUCGGAGAAAGGAGGGAAAGGGUUCUCAGUGCCCCAGCCCCAGAAGAGAGGAAGAAAACCCUCCCUCAAAUCCACUAAUGGAAAGGAAGCACCUUUAAAAGGAAAGGAUGAUAGCUCAGAAAAGUUAAAGAAAGGGAGGAAAGUACAGUUUGACACAGGUGCUCCUGAAGUCAAUUUGAACUUCUCGUCUCAAUAUGGUGGGAAUAUUGACACACCAACCACACUUCCUAAAGGGAGUUCUGGCCUAGGAGGAAAAGGGGACAAGACUGGUAAGAGUGGCAAGACUUCUGUGCCAAAACCUCCACGGCCACUUGAGCUGAGAAUUGAAGAGGACCUUCCAAAGGGUGCCAAAUGUCUAAUGGACUGUGAAGCAGCUGAUAUAUUACAAGGAAUCCAGGAGCGCAUGGUCUUGUUGUCCAAGGAUCCUACUAUUAAAAUUCCAGCAUCAUUUGACAAGGGACUGCAGUAUGCCAAAAGAGAGAGCUAUUACACAAAUUCUCAGUCUGUCAAAGACAUUCUUGAUGUGCUUGCAAUAUAUGGACUCACUGAGGGCGAGAUAUGCGUAAUUGCCAACAUCUGUCCAGAAACAGCUGAUGAAGUUUUUGCUCUACUUCCGUCUUUGAAGGCCAAGAAACGUAUGCUCAGUGAACCCAUUAAAGAUGUUUUGCUUGAGCUAGCUAAGGUUAAACAGUCUACUUCAACCUUUAGCAUGUAAAGAUCUUUGACUAAACUAUCAUCGGAGGCCUGGGAGAUGGGAAUGAUGAUAUACAGCGUUGAUAUGGAGUGAUCUUGUUGGUCAAUCUUGUAAACAGGGGAGCCAACUCAGUGGAAAUUUUUACAACCUUUUUUCCGUUCUCAUUUGUGCUCCAGGAAUUGAUGUUUCGAUGUAAAUGAAACCUUUCUAGUUAGAAUGUCUUAUCUUUGUUCUGAUUCUACUGCUUCUUUUUGUGAAUUAAAAGCAGUGGACAAGGCAAAUAAGAACUGGGUAAGCUAAUGUUGUGAAAAGUUUUCUCUGAUAUAAAAUUGAAAGGAUUUAAUUUGUUCGAUGAAA